UCUGAUUGGCUGACACUGUGAGAAAGUGCAGCCAGAGCCAGAGCCACACAUUCAUAUGGAGAUGUAGGACUAUAAAUAGGAGGCAUGAAGCCAGUGGAGAUCACAUUGUGGACAGCACACACAUCCAGCCAUGGCACCUACAAUCACUGCAGCAGUCUGCAACUCUCAGCAGCACGUGACACUCACACACAAGCUCAGAAAGCCUCUGGUGGAGAAGUUACGCCGAGAGCGAAUCAACAGCAGCAUCGAGCAGCUCAAGUCUCUCCUGCCUCCAGAGUUCCUCACGCAGCAGCCGGACUCCAAGCUGGAGAAAGCAGAUGUCCUGGAGAUGACCGUUUGCUUUCUCACACAGCUGCAGCAGCAGCGAGGAAGACUGCUGAAGCACUUCCAGCAGCUUCCGUCUUCCUGUGAGGAGAAGCUGGGAGAGGAGGACCUCUCUCCUCUGAGCUCUGCAGUCCACAGCAGCAUCACCAAGGAGGCGAGCUCGGGCGACAGCACCCCCUGGAGGCCAUGGUCGACACAGACAGACUGCGAGGACCAUGUUGGUCAGAUGUCAUGAAAUGUCAUGCCCAUGUCCAUCAUAAUUCUUCUUUUGGAUUGAUUUGAUUUCUUUCACUAUGAAAGCAUGCUCUCUUUUCUUUAUGGGAAAGCAAGGAGCACAGUAGCGGAUGACGUAACUAUGCUUGUUUACAGCGUGUUCUAAAAGUUGUAUUUUGUAAAAGAAAGAUGACCCAUGUUGGAUUGUACUGUCACCUGUUGCCACUUUGUUGUGUUCUCUCCAACAGAGUUCUGAAAUUGUUCAGCUUGUUUUAAAGCUACUUCUGACUUUUGUAAAGAUGCUCAAGAUGUUCUGCCAACUCAAUUUGAGUGUAAUGCCAUGAAUUAUAAAUGUUUGUUGUGAUGUAUCAUCACCACCAGUGGCUCUUAAGGGGAAAAUAAAGAUAA